AUGAAUGAUGAUAAAUUUGAUGAGUUUAACGAUUCUAGUGAAUAUAAUGUAAAACUUAUAGUCGGUACAGAACCAAAUGUUAAAGAAUUUAAAGCGCAUUCGAUUAUAUUACAAGCACGUUCAGAAUAUUUUCAGGCAGCAUUAUCUAUACGAUGGGCACGCGAACAGGAUGGGUUUUUUAUAAUCAAAAAACCUAAUAUUUUACCUAAAAUUUUCGAAAUUAUACUCAAUGGUAUAGAUCCCAUGUAUAACUGUAACAAAUGUGAUGGAGAAGACUCACUUGAUAUCCUAAAAGCAGCAGAUGAACUUGAGCUAUAUAGUUUAAUUCAAAAUGUUUCAAAAUGGACAGAACGGGAAUUUGAACUAUUAAAGGCUACAAUUUCACAAUAUAUACCAUAUAUAAGGUUUGGUCUAAUGCUACCAUGUGAUUAUGAAACCAAGGUUAGAGACCCCUUUAUUUACAUUCUUCCUGAAGGGUUUGAUGAACGAAUUAUGGAGUACUUUUAUGGAUCUAAUGGUUUGCGAAAAAUCGAUGGUAAUGAGUUCAAUUAUGUAAAAGCACGUAAACGAUCUGGCCAUUAUAAUAAUUAUGCUAAUCAAAACAAAAACCAUAUAGAAGAAAUGUUUCGUAUACUAAAUUGA